GACUAUCAACUAUCGGACGAUAAUGAAAACUCUAGUCCGCAUUCUUUUGCCACUGGUGUGGCUGACUUUCUCGUUUGCCGAGCUCGAUGUGGGUGUUGAACCUUUCAAGAAGUAUCCUGAGUCAUGUUCAGCUGCAAAAGCUAAGAAAAAUGGUGUCUAUAAAAUCCAACCAAAAGGUCAACCCGUCAUGUCGGUUUAUUGUGAUGUGUUUAUUGCGGGAUCCCCUUGGAUGGUCAUUCAGCGACGUGUCGAUGUCAACAUCAACUUUUAUAGGAACUGGGCGUCCUAUCAACAAGGAUUCGGUGACUUGGAUAAGAAUUACUUUAUUGGAUUGGAUAAGUUGAAUGCCCUAACUACAUCACAACCUUACGAGCUUUACAUCCACCUAGCUGACUUUGAAGGACAACAACGCUUUGCCCAAUACACCGAAUUUGCCAUCGGUAACGGUGCCAAUUCAUAUAGUCUAACUAAAUUGGGAUUCUACUCUGGCAACGCUGGAGAUGGGCUCAGACACCAUCAGAACGUGAAGUUCUCCACAUACGAUCGGGACAAUGAUAAUAGCGCCAGAAACUUGGCUGUCGAAUUUACAGGAGCCUGGUGGUACAAUACAACACAUUUCAGCAAUCUGAAUGGACUUUACUUGGGUGGCGAAUACGAUAAGGAUCAAUAUGGUCGGGGAAUUACCUGGUAUUUUUCACAUGGUGAUCUUUAUAGCCUUAAAGCAACUUACAUGAUGAUACGACCAAGAGCUUGAACGUAAUAGAAGAAAUUUACUUGUAAUAAUAAUAAUCACAACAACAAUAAACAUGAUAAAGUACAAAUCAAUUGAAGAAAGUA